GGGAUAAAUUCGCGCGGGAAAAUUAUUGAGAGGCUUUGUGGUGUUUUUGUUGUGCUGUGUUGUUUUCUAUUUUUUAUAGUUUUCCACAUUUUUCUACGUUCAAUUUGCACAAAAUAUGUCGGAAACAGAUUCCCCCAUUCCACCAACCCCCAGUGAUGUGGACAAUGAGGAUCAGCGUCAGAUACGGGAGGUAUUGGAAUCCCCCGUGGAGGAAUUUGAGAACGCCGUUGAUCUCCUGGGCGAAGGAAUCGUCCACGAGGAUGAAGAAGAGGAAGGAGAGGAGCUCUUUGGGGACGGCAUGGAGAAUGAUUAUCGGCCAAUCCCUGAGCUAGAUCGCUAUGAAGGAGCUGAUUUGGAUGAUGAGGAUGCGUACAGCGUGAUCUCAGCUGCAGAUCGUCGAGCAGCUGAAGAGGAGAUGAGACGCCGCGAUCGUGCCUUGGGGAUCGUACGAGACGACCGUGAUUUGCUCUAUGAUCGCAGUGAUGAUGAAGAUGACAUCCCACGGGCCAAGAGACGUGCUGCAGAGAAGGCAGCAAUGGGUGGGGAGCUGGAAGAUGAGGAAAUGGUGGAAUCCAUUGAGAAUCUCGAGGACACCAAAGGGCAUUCAACGAAGGAAUGGGUUUCCAUGCUUGCACCCCGUACGGAGAUUACAAAUCGCUUCAAGAACUUCCUGAGGACAUUUGUGGAUGAGGGUGGUCAUCUGAAGUAUAGAGAACGCAUUAGGAGGAUGUGCGAACAGAAUCAAUCGAGCUUUGUUGUCUCCUAUCCCGAUUUGGCUAAGAAGGAACACGUCCUGGCGUACUUCCUUCCCGAAGCUCCCUUCCAGAUGUUUGAGAUCUUCGAUAAAGUUGCCAAGGAUAUGGUUCUCAGCAUCUAUCCAACGUAUGAGCGUGUCACCAAUGAGAUUCACGUGAGAAUCUCUGAUCUUCCACUCGUGGAGGAGCUUCGGACCUUCCGGAAGUUGCAUUUGAAUCAAUUGGUGCGUACUCUGGGUGUCGUAACGGCAACAACAGGAGUCAUGCCGCAGCUCUCCGUCAUUAAGUAUGAUUGUGUCAAAUGUGGCUACAUCCUGGGCCCAUUUGUGCAAUCCCAGAAUGCCGAAGUGAAACCCGGAUCGUGCCCAGAGUGUCAGAGUUCUGGACCCUUUUCCAUCAACAUGGAACAGACACUGUACAGAAACUACCAGAAGAUCACACUGCAUGAAUCUCCGGGACGAAUUCCUGCCGGAAGAAUUCCCAGGAGUAAGGAUUGCAUCCUCCUGGCUGAUUUGUGUGACUCCUGCAAGCCGGGGGAUGAAAUUGAAAUUACCGGCAUCUAUACAAAUAACUACGAUGGCUCCUUGAAUACAGAUCAGGGAUUUCCGGUAUUUGCCACCGUGAUCCUCGUUAAUCAUAUUGUCGUGAAGGAUUCCAAGCAAGUUGUGCAGUCCCUGACGGAUGAGGAUAUCCUUGUGAUUCAGAAGCUGAGCAAAGAUCCCAAAAUUGGUGAUCGAAUUGUAGCCAGCAUGGCACCAUCCAUCUAUGGGCAUGAUUUCAUCAAGAGAAGUCUGGCUCUGGCUCUCUUUGGGGGUGAAGCCAAAAAUGCCGGGGAGAAGCAUAAAAUCCGUGGGGAUAUAAAUGUUCUCAUCUGUGGCGAUCCGGGUACGGCAAAAUCUCAAUUUUUGAAGUACAUCGAAAAGAUUGCCCCCAGGGCGGUGUUCACAACGGGUCAGGGAGCUUCAGCUGUGGGUCUCACAGCCUACGUCCGUCGCAAUCCCACAUCGCGUGAAUGGACCCUCGAGGCUGGAGCUCUCGUGCUGGCAGAUCAGGGUGUCUGCCUGAUUGAUGAGUUCGACAAGAUGAACGAUCAAGACCGCACGUCCAUUCACGAGGCAAUGGAACAGCAAUCCAUUUCAAUCUCCAAAGUGGGCAUCGUUACGUCCCUUCAGGCACGCUGUGCCGUCAUUGCGGCUGCCAAUCCAAUUGGUGGACGUUACGACUCCAGUAUGACCUUCACGGAGAAUGUGAAUCUCUCUGAGCCAAUCCUGUCGCGUUUUGACGUCCUCUGUGUCGUUAAGGAUGAAUUUGAUCCGAUUCAGGAUCAGCAUUUGGCACGAUUUGUCGUCCAAUCGCACAUUAAGCAUCAUCCCGCCAUGGAGGAUGGAUUGCAGGAGAGUCAGCAGGCACAGAAUGUGACAAAUGCCGAGGAGAUCCCACAGGAAUUGCUGAAGAAAUAUCUCGUCUAUGCCAAGGAGAAUGUUCAUCCCAAGCUCACGAAUAUGGAUCAAGAUAAAAUUGCCAAGAUGUACUCACAGCUGCGUCAGGAAUCUCUGGCCACGGGAAGCCUUCCCAUCACGGUGAGGCACAUUGAGAGUGUAAUACGAAUGUCAGAGGCACACGCAAGGAUGCAUUUGAGGGAUUCUGUGCAGGAAAUUGACGUUAAUAUGGCCAUCCGAAUGAUGCUGGAGGGCUUCAUUGAGGCACAAAAGUUCAGCGUGAUGAAGAAGAUGCGCUCCACGUUCCAGAAGUACUUGUCAUUCCAGAAGGACAAUGCUGAGUUGCUCUUCUUCAUCCUGCGUCAACUCUCCCUGGACCAGUUGAUGUAUGUGCGCUGCAAGGAGGGCCCCACAGCCACUCACAUUGAAAUUAUGGAACGCGAUCUCAUCGAGAGAGCUAAACAGAUCAACGUGCACACCGUAAAGGCAUUCUACGACAGUCCCCUCUUCACCAAUAAUGGAUACACCUACGAUCCAAGACGCAAAAUUAUUGUCCAGGUGGUCCCAGAAGCUGCAGUGGCUCAGUGAAAAAUCCCUUUCAAUGUCACAUAAUUUUCUUUUUUUUAUAAUUGUUUGAAUUAAAAUUACAUACAAUUGAUUUCUUACGUCUA